UGAACCGGCAUUUUACAACCCCAUACCUGAAAAAUUCAAUGGGAUAUUUAAUAUGUCUUUGGCUUACAAACUCACAUCCAGCAUUAUAUAUCCAUAUGUCGUUAUAAGAAACAAACACGGUAAAGUAAUAGGACCUAGAAAACAUAUGCACUGGAAACAUGAUAUCAAAGAUAUGGCUCCCACCUCUAGAGAUAUCAUGAAUAAGUUGCAGUACAAAAGCAUUGCUGCAGCGGUGAUUGUAUCAGACUGUAACGCUAAGAAUAAUCGUAGUGAAAUCAUCAAAAGUUUGAAAGAAGAAUUACUGCUAUAUGGAGAGAAACUAGACAUCUAUGGCGGCUGUUCAUUUGCUAAUCUAAAAUGUCCGAGGGCACAAGGAGAGAGAGAUGGAGUAAUAAAUGGUUGUUCUUCUGAAAUAGAGUCAAAUUAUUAUUUUUAUUUAGCAUUUGAAAGUUCGCAUUGUGAAGACUACGUCUCAGAAAAGUUAUUGCAUGCGUUAAUUCACUUCGCAGUGCCCGUGGUCUACGGAGGUGCAAAUUAUACUCGGUUCAUGCCCGAUGGGAUGUAUUUAAAUGCUCGCACGUUAGGGGUGAAGAAACUCGCAGAAGAAAUGAGUAGCAUUAUAAGCAAUCCACAAAGAUACAUUGACUUUUUCAAAUGGCAUGGAUACUAUACCUUCUAUGACAGUCAUAGGCUUGACUCCAAUGAUACAUAUUUCAUUUGUAACGUUUGUACUAAGCUAAAUAAAAGGAUCCAAGAAAUCUAA